AUGUUAGAGACUCAGAAAACUUCCACUGCUCUGGCACCAUUCAACGAUCCAGACGGCGACAUCAUCCUGCGCUCCGCCGAUGGUGUCGACUUUCAUGAUUUCAAGCUCGUCCUUUCGCUGAUUUCACCCGUGAUGUUCACCCUACCACAGCACGAAUCGCAACUAUGUGUACCUGUCAUCCCUGUGAUUGAGCACAGCACAAUCCUUCACCCGCUACUUCUUCUUUCCUACCCUGGCGCUGACCCGACCUUCGACAGCUUUGAUAAUGCGAGGGCGGUGAUGGAAGCAGCCAGGAAAUAUGACAUGGAAGCAAUUUCCGACCGUAUUGGAGAUCUCAUCGUCGGAUGGCAGCAUCAUGCUCGAACAGCCGCUACCCGGAGCCUCGAGAUCGAAGAUCUAGGACGACCAAGCCCCAGGUUCACUGGUAUGUGGGACAUCAGCGCCUGUCGAUUACCACAAGGCUCUUCAAAUACCAGUUAUGAACGCGGCAUCGCUGCUCAGGCAGUUAGAGAGUCUCUCGCCUGGCUACCGGCGACCCCAGCCACCUGUAGUAUGCAAAUGUGGAGCUACCUCGGCUGCAGAAUCACAUAUGGCAGGCCUGCAUUCUAA